CCAGCAUAUACUUGGGUAUGCACAGGGAAGGGCCAAGGGGAACUACAGCUCCCGGCAUGCCGUUCGCCGAGUCUCCUGCCCCAAUAUGUCUGCGCCCAGCCUGGGCUGAGAGCGGCGAGUGGAGUUGUUAUUAGGGGCUGAGCCGCAGGCUGAGACUCACCAUGUCAAAAAUCUCCCGUGCCGCCAAAGCUGUGAAGAAGGUUGAUCCCGGGAGUGUAAUCCGAAUGAUCAUCCGGGCAGGGCAGGCCAUUCCGGGGCCUCCCCUGGGCCCCGUCCUCGGGCAGAGGGGCAUCCCCAUCGGGCAGUUCUGCAAAGACUUCAAUGAGCGAACCAAGGACAUCAAGGAGGGGGUGCCGCUGCCCGUGCGCAUUGAUGUCAAGCCAGACAGAACCUACGAGAUCCAGAUCAACCAGCCCACGGCCUCCUAUUUCCUCAAGGCAGCCGCCGGCAUCGACAAGGGGGCAGCACAGACCGGGCACGAGGUAGCGGGCAUGGUGACACUGAAGCAUCUGUACGAGAUCGCUCUGGUGAAGUCCAAGAACUCCAACUUUGUGGUGCGGGACACGAGUCUGGAGAAGGUGGUGAAGUCGCUCAUUGGCAGUGCCAGAACCCUGGGCAUCAAGGUGGUGAGAGACCUCAGUGCAGAGGAAUAUGCCGUGUUCCGGCAGCAGCGUGAGGAGGCCUUGGCGGCGGCGGCAGCAAAAGCCCAGACAGCGGCAUUGGAAGCGGCCCCCAAGAAGCAAUGAUCUCCAGGACACCCGCCUCCCUAGGGGACUGCAGGGCCAGCAAGUCCAGAUCCCACGUUCCUGGCCCCCAGGGUCAAAGCCCCACUCUGGGCAUGGGGAGCUGGGGGCAUCCUCCUCAGGAGCAGCAUGUCAGUCUGUCCAUCCGUUCCCCCCACCCCUGUUCCCCUAUCCUGGCCAUCUUUGUCCUAUGGACUUGCCUCUAUGGAGAAUGGGAAUUAGCCCCACGCCCUGCCACAGGCCCCACCCCUCAUAUCCAAUCCUUUAAAAUGUGCUGAAUUGCUUUGAUGCAAUUAAAAUCCCAACCCAAUAAAACCCCACUGUGACCCCCAAACUAAGAGCAGCCUGU